GCGUUAACUUUUGUUUAUUUAAAUCAAUAAAUAUGUGACAAAUCUUGAUUAUAUUAGUUGUUUUCAAUCGGCGCUUACUCAUCAGGGAUUGAAAAAUGUAAGUGACUGUGUGUCAGAACAAGAGUUGAUUGAUUGUACGAAAAUGGCAGCGUUAAAAGAAAUUGUUUCUCUCUAUCAAAAUUUGAAAAAUGAAUGGUCCAAACAGCCGUGGGAUUUAAAUAAAGCCGGUGAUUUACUUAGUCAAUUAAAGGUUGGAUUAACGCAUUUAAUGUUUUUGCCGACUUCAAAUACACCAGCAAAUCAAAAAGAACUGCUUAUAGCUCGUGACAUAUUGGAAAUAGGAGCUCAAUACAGCAUAGCAACCGAGGAUAUCCCAUCUUUUGAACGUUAUAUGUCUCAAUUAAAAUGCUAUUACUUUGACUACAAGACGGCACUACCCGAAUCAACAUACAAGUAUCAAUUACUAGGAUUAAAUUUACUAUUUUUACUGUCACAAAAUAGAGUCGCUGAGUUUCACACAGAGUUGGAGUUACUUCCAGCAGAUCAAAUCCAAAAAAAUGUUUACAUCCGACACCCGUUGAGUUUAGAGCAAUGUUUAAUGGAAGGCUCUUACAAUAAAAUAUUUUUGGCGAAAGGAAACGUGCCAGCGGCUUCAUACAACUUCUUUAUAGACAUACUACUCAAUACAGUCCGCGAUGAAAUUGGAGCAUGUAUGGAAAGUGCCUACGAUAAAAUUUCGCUAAAGGAUGCAUCAAGAAUGUUGAACUUAAACAGUGAGAAAGAGACACUGGCUUUUGGUACCAAGAAAGGAUGGAAAGUUAUUCCGGAAGGCUGUUUUAAUUUCAGUACUUCUCAUGAGAAGAAAUCUGAAGAGCCAAUACCUAGUGCUGAACUUGUGACACUUGCUAUUGACUAUGCGAGAGAACUUGAGAUGAUCGUGUAAUUCAUAACAUUAACUAAAUGAAAAACAAAAAAAAAUAAUUAUUAUUUAAUAGUUUAAAAUUUUCUAAGCAUCUUUCAUGUAAUAACUUUUUUUUCUUUUGUUUGAAUACAAAAAAACUAAUA